AGUCAUUCUUAGCGGUGUCAAACCUUGGUUUUAGCUUUUGGUUGGCGCUGAGAGGAUACUUUUAUUCCUCAUUUAUUUGAAGCGACCUUUAUUCAGACGUCCUUGACAGCCGUAGUUGCACCGACGCGGACAUUUCUCUGCUCAUUCACAGAAAAUUAGCUUUAAAGUCCUGAUGGCUGCAACCUUUCGUUAUCUUUACUCCGUCUCAAGGACAGGCACUUUGGCAGCUGCCCAAGUGAGGUCCUUCAGUGUUUCAGUCCAGAGGAAUGGAUUCAAGUAUGUGAACGCCCAGGAGCUGCCGACAGACAUGAAGUCCAUCACAGACCGAUCUGCACAGACGCUGCUGUGGACAGAGCUCUUCAGAGGUCUGGGCAUGACGAUGAGCUACCUGUUCAGAGAACCUGCCACCAUUAACUACCCGUUUGAAAAGGGACCGCUGUCGCCGCGCUUCAGAGGAGAACACGCUCUGCGCAGGUAUCCCUCAGGAGAGGAGCGCUGCAUUGCCUGCAAACUUUGUGAAGCCAUUUGUCCCGCCCAGGCCAUCACCAUUGAAGCAGAGACUCGUGCCGACGGCAGCAGGAGGACGACUCGCUACGACAUCGACAUGACCAAGUGCAUCUACUGCGGCUUCUGCCAGGAGGCGUGUCCUGUGGACGCCAUCGUGGAGGGUCCUAACUUUGAGUUUUCCACUGAAUCCCACGAAGAGCUGCUCUACAACAAAGAGAAACUGCUAAACAAUGGAGAUAAAUGGGAGGCUGAGAUCGCUGCCAACAUACAAGCCGAUUACCUCUAUCGAUAGAUGUCCACACACACACACACAGUGGGGAAGACUAUAAACGUGACGCAUGUUGAAUCUGUACAUACUGUAAGAAUAUUAACUCGGCUUUGACGGGUGAGCUUCAGGUUGGCUGAAGGAACCUUUGUUGACAACAAAAACCUAAUUAAAACAUUGACCUUUUAAGUUUACUCUCAUUUUGUUAUCAUAAAUAUUCUUUAUGUUUCCACCUCAAGGCUCUGUUGUUGCUCAUUGUGCGUAUUUAUUAUGGUAUCAAACCACUUCGCUCACUCGGUGUCCACAGCUCUCUCCUAUGUGUGUGGAAAGUCUUUCAUUAACAGGAUUUUAAGACGUGUCUGGUGCCUAUAAUUCUUAUUAAAAAGUCAUUUAAAUUUA